UUGUCUACAUAAAACAUUACGCUGUGGUAGAACCGAUUGGCCGAUCAAGUUAUGUUUUUUGAAGUUGUAUUGAACUCCGGCUAGUAGUAAUCAUCAACUCUAAAAUAUUAAGUUAAAAUAUAGUUAGUCAUUAAUAAUUUAUUUAUUUUGUUAUAAUAUUCAAGUAAAACGAUUGAGAUAUGUCUUGUAGUGUUAAAGGAAUUUCGAUGAUGUGGCCAAUUAUUUUUAUGCUGAUAAAAUAUGUGGUGGCGCUGAACAAAAUUAAAAUAGGAGCUCUGUUUACAAAUGACCAAAUUAAUAAUUCUGUCGAGUUAGCAUUUAAAUUUUCAGUGAAUCAAAUUAACCAAGAUAUCAACCUUUUGCCACAUACUGAAAUUUCAUAUGAAAUCCAACACGUGCCAAACGAUAACAGUUUUAUUACUUUAAAAACAGCGUGCGACCAGUUAAAUCUUGGUAUCACAGCGUUAUUCGGACCUAGCAAUAGUUACUUAGCAUCGCAUGUACAUUCAAUGUGUGAUGCUCUUGAUCUACCUCAUAUGGAAGCAAGGUUAGAUUUAAAUAAUGAACCGAAACGUCUAUCGGUGAAUUUAUAUCCUGAACAAAAUCUUCUUAACCAAGCUUAUAAUGAUGUUAUUUCUUUCUUAAAUUGGACAAAGAUGGCAAUAAUAUACGAACAUGAUUACGAUCUACUAAGAAUGAAAGAUUUUAUGAAAACAAUACCAAAUAAAAAAACAGUAGACGUCUAUCUCAGAUACGCAACGCCUGAAACGUAUAGGUCAGUUCUGAAUGAAAUUAAAAAUAUGGAAGUAUAUAAUAUGUUGGUAGAUACAAAAUCAGAACAUGUCAAUCAUUUUUUAAGAGGAAUAUUACAAUUACAAAUGAACGAUUACAAGUUUCACUAUUUAUUUACUUCAUUCAAUAUGGAAAUGUUUGACUUAGAAGAUUUCAAGUAUAAUUUUGUAAAUUUAACAACAUUUAGAAUGGUAGAUGUAGAGAACGUUGGCGUUCGAGAAAUUUUUAAGCAAAUGGAAUCAUAUGCAAUUGAAAAUAACCAAACAUUUGAUAAAAUUAAGAUGAUGCAAUGCGAAUCUGCCCUUAUUUACGAUUCUGUGCAAGUGAUGGCAAUUGGCCUUGGAGCUCUCCAACAAAACAAUAAACUCCAAUAUUCAAAUUUAUCAUGUGAAGAUGAAAUACCGUGGAAGACUGGAACAAGCUUAAUAAAUUAUAUCAAUUCGGUCGAAGUUAAAGGACUAACAGGUCCUAUACAAUUUAAAGAAGGAAGAAGAAUCGAUUUUAAAUUGGAUUUAAUGAAACUUAAGCAGCACUCAUUAUCUAAAGUAGGCGAAUGGACACCAAGAAUAGGGAUAAAUAUAACAGAUAUAACAGCAUUUCAUGAUACUGCACCAUAUAAUAUUACAUUAGUUGUUGUUACUAUCGUACAAUUUCCUUAUGUCAUGAUGCAUCGAGGCAAAAAUUAUACGGGAAACGCAAGGUUUUUUGGAUUUUGUGUUGAUCUAUUAGAAAUGAUUGCAAAACAGGUAGGAUUCGAUUAUAUUUUAGAUUUAGUACCAGACAAUAAAUAUGGUGCUCAAGACCCUAUUACAUUAGAAUGGAACGGCAUUGUAGAGCAAUUAAUAAAGCACAAAGCGGAUUUAGCUGUUGGAUCGAUGACAAUAAACUAUGCUAGAGAAAGUGUCAUAGAUUUUACGAAACCUUUUAUGAAUUUGGGGAUUAGUAUUUUAUACAAAGUACCUACCAAUCAACCCGUUCAAUUUUUUUCUUUUAUGAAUCCCUUAGCCAUUGAAGUAUGGAUCUACUGGUUGGUUGCAUAUAUUGUUGUUUCUGUCACACUUUACAUUGUAGCCAGAUUUUCACCUUAUGAAUGGGAAGAAAAUUCUGAAGCUGUAUGGACCAAUUCGGUUCAAAAUUUGGAUUCCUCAAGCAUCAAUAGAUUUACACUUUCUAACAGUUUUUGGUUCACUAUAGGUUCACUGAUGCAGCAAGGCUCUAAUGUCCAUCCAAAGGCUUUAUCGACAAAAAUCGUUGGUUGUGUUUGGUGGUCAUUUACUUUAAUAAUUCUAUCUUCUUAUACCGCAAAUCUUGCUGCAUUUCUAACUGUCGAAAGAAUGGUCAGUCCCAUUGAAAACGCCGAAGAUUUAGCUGCUCAAACUAAUAUUGCGUAUGGAACAUUGGACAGUGGCACGACCAUGACAUUUUUCAGAGAUUCAAUGAUAGAAACAUAUAAAAAAAUGUGGGCAUACAUGCAAAAGAAAAAACCAUCCGUGUUUGUAACAUCCUAUGAAGAAGGCAUUGAGCGAGUUUUGCAAGAUAAUUAUGCAUUUUUGAUGGAAUCCACAAUGCUUGACUACGCUGUUCAGAGAAAUUGUAAUUUAACACAAAUCAAUGGACUAUUAGACUCAAAAGGAUAUGGUAUAGCUACACCAAUCGGUUCUCCGUGGAAGGAUCAGAUUUCGUUGGCUAUUUUAGACUUACAAGAAAAAGGUGAAAUACAGAUGCUAUAUAAUAAAUGGUGGAAACCACCUAAUGACAUGUGCAUGCCAGAAAACUCUAGUGGAAACUCAAAAACAAAUACUCUUGAUUUCAAGAAUAUAUGCGGUGUAUUUGUUGUUCUUUUGAUCGGUUUAUGUAUAUCAAUUGUAGUGUCUUUCUAUGAAUUCUGUUACUAUAGGAAAAAAAUAAGAAAAGUUGAGCAGAGAAUUGGACCGCAUAGAUCUAUUUGGAGAGAUUUGGUAGACGAAUUAUGGUUCGUUUUUAAAUGUCAAGGAUCCAAACAGAGAACUGUGCUUAUUCAUAGAUGUGAACAGUGUAAUCCAAAAAAUCAUAAAAUAGAACGCCGAUCACGAAGAGAUUUUAUGGAAACAAAUAGAUUGUAAAAAGUUAAAUAAUCAUCAACCCUGGUUUUUUUACUUUUGGAAAUUAAACAAUAUUCAAAAUAUAAAAAGCAAUAAAAAAUUUGUAAUUAGAAAUUAUUUUUAUCUUGUCAAGAAAACCUAGUCACAGAUGUAUAAUAAUUUAAGGACUUUUUGAAAGUAUAUUGCAUACUAUUUUACGGUCUAAAAUUUUUUUUUAUGUACAUAAAUUACCCCAUGGAUGUAAAACUGAUGCAACACAUUGUGUAAAAUCAUACUUCGAAGUGAAUGGUAUUAAUAGGGAAUAAUUAUAUAUUUUAAUAUCCAAAAAUAGUGUUCAGCUUACUU